AUGGAGAAUGGCUCCCCCCUUCAGACCACCGAACCCGCUGGAUCACGAACAGAAGACUUGCGACAGCGACAGCGGGAUCGUCUUUCGCCGCGAGGUCGAUUCGGAAAAGCGAGCAGGAUUGCGACGACCGUCCCUGACAUGGAAGGGUCUCGGAAGGGUGGCAUUACGUUGUGGCCCGCACCGCGUGCCAAAGGCAUGGGAAGGACAUCGCCAGAUCUGGUGAGGAAGAAACAAUGGCAGGAGGGGUUGCAAAAGGAAAACAGCAUCAGUCGCCGGACGAAACGAGAGACGGAAGAUGGGAAACUCAGUGAAAUCACGCCUGACGGCGGUUCGGCUGGCCGCGAAGGACGACAGUUCACGGUUGCCAACGUCGGAAACAAUGGAAGGAUAUAUCUUCGUCCAACCAUUCGACCUGCGAAUCAGCGGUAUCCCCAGCCUCCAUUCGUCUUUCCCGUUACCCCACCAAGUACAGCAGGCCUUGAUGCGCUGGUAACCCAUCACGAAAGCGACGAGACGCCGCGCGAUAGUCUAUGGAACACGCCAACACGAACACCGUCAACGCCUCUAGACAAACCUCGAGACAACUAUUUCUCUGCGACGCAAUCGCCAACCCCCGUACCCGUCCAGCCUCCACGGCACAAGCGCGCUCGCUCAUACUCUACCGUCGACGAGCAACACGUGCCGGUCCGCGAUUCAGAUGUCGGUGCUUUUAGAGUAGUAAUUGAGAGGCCGGGCGAUCCAAAGCCCCCAGAAGCGAUCAUGGGGAUUCCAACGCUGGAAGUUCCCAUUCCGUCCUACAAGCUAGGUACGCCCAGAUUCAGCAUGCGCGGCACUGCCUUCUUGCGAGGUUCUUCGUACACCACGAACGACGACAUGCGCGCGAGCGUGUUCUCUCACAAGGAUUCCUCCCAAAGCGACCCAAACUCUCGACGUCCGACGCGGAUACUCUCAAGACGGCACUCAGAUGCCUCUCAUCGACCGCACUUCUCGAUCACAUCACCCGGCGCAACGAGUCCUUUCAAUUUACUCACCCCUACCUCAGGGGUAAUACGGCAGCGCACCCCUAUUGUGCCUGAGAUGUUUGACACUCUCACAUUCAAGCCUUCAUGCGACCACCCUUCAGUUGUGCGCUAUUCUAUGAGUGGCGGAAUUAGAGCAGCAACUCCCGCAAGAAUAGUUGCAGAAAUCACGUCCCCAACGUUCGUUGACUACGACCUGCUCUCAGAUUUCUUCUUGACAUUUCGCUCUUUCUUGGACACGACGGAUCUGCUUCACAUGCUCAUUGCUCGCCUGAAGUGGGCUCUAGCACGGGAAGAUGAAACGGGGACGGUAGUCAGGGUUCGGACUUUUGUGGCCAUACGACAUUGGAUACUGAACUAUUUCGUUGAUGACUAUGUCGUCGAUUACGACCUGCGCGUAACCUUCUGCGAGUUGCUCAACAACUUCGUGAACGAUCCCCUUUUUGUUCAUACCAAGGUCCCACUGAAGAUCCUCGGAGAGAUCAAAAAAUGUUGGCGAAGAGUAUGUGCACUGUAUUGGGAUGGCCCGGAAUUUGACACAGACCUGGGUUCUGAAGUCCCAAUCACACCCGGAGGAGUUGCUGGUUCCAGAGACCCAACCUUGGACCCAAGCUUCUGGGACGUUCAGCCAAACGGGCCUCCUCAGAUACAGGGAAUUAUCAAUCAAGACUUUGUUAAAAGGGAAUCUACGUCAGCAGAUGGACACAAGUAUUUCGCAGAUGUUUCGCGCGCCGGUUACCUCGAUUCCAUGAUGCAACCUCAUGUGGCGCCCGUGAUUUCCCAGACACCAUCGGACGAUUACCAGAAUCCUCCAUUAUCUCCCACCAGCGUUGUGAGCGAAGACUUUGUUUCUUGUUCAUUUCCCUCACGAAACCGUGUGGGUACAUCUCCACAGGCUGGUGCUCAUCCAGUAGCAGCUAGCUCCAUAUAUGACUCAGCUCCUCCUGUAGCAUUAACACCAAAGGCACUGACGGGGAAACGGGUUCGACCUACCCAUGUACACAAACGCAGCGGUAGUUUCUCAGACUCAUUUCGAGACCAUCGAACGUUAGAACAGCCGGUUCAGAAAGUUAUCUACAAGAGUACAGAGCUCUUUCUGGCCCAUCCUCACGCGGGAAGCCUCGUACGGGGAAACUGCCUCCCGCCAGGACAGGCCUUUGUAGAGAUGGUUGCACCAAGCACUCCCUCACGCGAUACUACAAUGUUUUCUGCGCAGCCUCACCUGAAAGGGCCGUCAGCUAUGUCUGGUCCCGGCAUGAAGAAGCUCCUAGGCAGCGUCCGACGGGCUCUGAGCAACCGAACCGGACUUGGUCCAAUACCAAGUUCUUCACCUACCCAAGGAAGUUUUCCUCAUAUUCCACCGCUUGGCGUUCGAGGAGCUACGAUCAAUCGCUUACCCGGCACCGCUGUUGUGCCACAGGCGCGGUCUCGCAACACUGGGCUGAGAGUUCCUAUGCGAAUCGAUUUAUUAGGUGCCGAAAUUGCAGAGGACUUCAAGAAAGCUGUCCAGGAAGAACAGGAAGCAGAAGCUGCCCUUAAAAAGGCGCCCAGUGAAGCUGCAUCUCAUCACGUUAGUGGCCACAGCACAAGUAUUCAAUAUCCAUCCAUGGCUCCAGAUGCGACCCUCGAGGCACCGAGAUCUUCACGCCAGGACCUCGUUAGCGACGUGACUAACGGCAGUAAAUCCAUUGUGAUAGUCGACGAUACUCUUGCCUCGAGUAUCCCAGCAAUGACAGGCGCUUUGCCCACCAGCUCGUCGAUCGAUGACUUUUCAGAGCCCUACGUCCACCGUUCAGGUGGCCCGACUCCUCCAACAACUCCUCCGGACCUACCCCUCGGCACUCCCCGACGAUCAUCUCACUUACUAGGCAAUCAUACUGCAAAACGAUCACUCUCACUCGAGGAUGCAUCUUUUGUCCCAGGUUGGACCUUAUCACAAACCCAAAAGAGAAUGCCACCUCCUAUGCAGUUUGAGCGGCCUUCCGUGUUAGGGCCGAGUCGGUCGUUCAGAUCCAAAAAGUCAGUCUCCCUCCGACGCUACGCUUCUUUCCAUAGUGGAUAUACACGACACAGAAGCGAGAGGAGCUUUGAUGCUACAACCUUUUCAGACUCCGAGGCACGCAUGUCCCGCGAUAUUUCGCACGCGCCCUUACCUCUCCGAGUCCUUCGACGGCGUCCAGGAGGUGACUUGAGAGCAGUUACGAAUGUUGGGGACCUAACUACACAGCCUCUUAGACGACCUAUGUCUACCGGUUCGAUGACCAUGUACUCGGAUUCCGUCCGUAGCUCCUACCUCCUUGCGGAUGUGGAUUCGACUGCCUAUGUAAAUGUCACCAGUGACGACUUUGAACCCUCAGCACCUACCGGCCAAACCUACUCACUGGGGGCGCUCGCGGAGGCUCAACCAAAACAACGCAUAUCACUCUUUAGCACCCACUCCUCGCACCCCAUAAUGCGGCCAUCGUUCGAGAAGGAGGCUCAGAUGUUAGCACAAAUCCCGGACGACAUAGAUGAUGAUGGCGGCGUCGAGUCUGCAUUACUAAAGCUUGAAGGGAAAUACGAGCAGCGAAAAUCUGAUACAUCCAACAGCCAAUUUAGUGGCAUUGGGGACCGCGGGGAUAGCUUUGGUGCACGGCCCCUAGAUGUUAGCACUUUGGCACUAGAUGACGAAGAGGACGAGGAGGAAGAGCAACGACGGCAUAGACACGAACAUACUGUCGAAGCCGGUGUACAGCACUUACCAUCAUACUACCCGCAGCAGAGUUAUGGUAUCGAGGAGCUGAAACCAUCUGUAUAUCGACCUCGAGGCAUGGACUCUUAUCCGGCUGCCAUGUCACCACGGUCCGUAGAAUCCUACAAUUCCACCCCCCUUCUUGAGCGGGGGCUGUCCGAACAUGGCAUGGUGAAGAGAUCAACCAGGAACUGGUCUGAACAAUCCAUAUUUCGCGGGCCGAGCACGGAGAAGAUGGCUGGGAACGAGCACACACCGGAUUCAUCUCAUGUGAAUUCUUUUGACUUCAUUGAUGACAGUGAUAGCUUGAGAAGAAUUCCUGUCGGGCAUACGAUGCCACAGCACCAGAGUAUGGAUCACUCUUUCUUAAACAGCGAGAGUGAUGACCGUAGCGACUUGUCCUCAGAGCUGUCUUUGGAGGUCAUCUCACGAAUUGAAUUGACGGAGCAAGAUUCUCCUUCCACUACUACGUUCCCACCAAUGCGACCUGGUACUGUCAUUAAAGAGUUAGCUCUUCCAUCCCACCCUCUUCGUCAUCCACCAUCACCACCUAUGACCUUGACUCAGGCUCUACAAUUACCUCCACAGUCCCCUCGCCAACCGUUCCGCCAAGAAAGGCAGCCAAAGCAAGGGCCGAGUAGCCUGCCUCCUACUCCCGAGUUUACCCCAACCGGGCAAGGCUAUGAAGAGGAUUACGAGGUUGAUCGGGGCGCUACACCGACUACAGAUCCAUUGCGUUCUCACAUGAUCCCGGAACCCUCCCGGAAAACAUCUGUCCAUUUGCCCUUUACGUUGGCUUUCGAUUCGCAAAUUCUUGCACAGCAGUUUACGUUGAUCGAGAAGGAUGCUCUGAAUGAAAUCGACUGGAAAGAUCUUAUUGAGAUGCGAUGGAAAUAUACUACCACGGAUUCUCGGUCGUGGGUCGACUUUUUACGAUCUUCGGAACCUCGCGGAGUUCAAGUUGUUAUUGCUCGCUUUAAUUUGAUGGUGAAAUGGGCGAUAUCAGAAUGCGUCCUAACCGAAAAUCUGGAGGAACGCGUGAGAACUGUGAUAAAAUACAUUCACAUCGCUGCCCAUUGUCGAAAGUAUAGGAAUUUCGCGACAAUGACACAGCUUACGAUGGCACUUACCACAAAAGACCUAUCAUGCCUCACUCGAACUUGGGCUCUUAUUCCCGAGGCAGACCGGCAAACGUUAAAACAGCUUGAGGAAUUAGUGACACCCACUGGGAACUUCCACAAUUUGAGAGCCGAGAUGGAAGGCGCCGGUGCUGAUCAAGGAUGCAUCCCCUUUGUCGGCAUCUAUACACAUGAUUUGCUUGUGAAUUCUGAGCGACCCAGCCAAAUUGCUAGCACCCCUACGACCGAGCCUUUAGUCAACUUUGAGAGGUGCCGAACAGACGCCACUAUUGUUAAAAAUCUUUUAAGGCUUCUUGAAGCUAGUCAACUCUACCGUUUUCUACCCAUCGAGGGAAUCACGGAGAGGUGUUUAUGGAUGGCAGCACUUACCGAUGACGAGAUAACCCGGUACGCACAGGCAAUCCAGGAGUAA